UCGCACGAUGGUGCCAUUCGCAGACGGGGAGAAUCUGCUGACCGACACCGCUGCAUCGGAUGGCCACCCGCUAAAUCCAACGCUGCCUCCAAAAACCCUCAAAAAAAUCUCUGCCCCCAGCCUUCUGAAAAAAAGGAUGCCGCUCUCCUCCGUCUUCUCCCCUCUCAUCGCCUCCAAAACUCCGCACCCCAAGAGCGUCCCCUCGUUCCACCUCGGAACCAAUGGGCUCCGCCAUCCUCCCAAAAGAACUUCUUGGCCUUCCAUCCCUCGCAGCAAUCGCGGCCGUUCGAUCGGCAUCAGAUGCGAGGGGAGGGACGACUCCUUCUACAUGAGGAGGUGCGUGGAGUUGGCGAGGAAGGCAAUUGGGUGCACCAGCCCCAACCCCUUGGUCGGCUGUCUGAUCGUUAAGGACGGAGAGAUCGUCGGCGAAGGGUUCCAUCCCAAGGCCGGGCAGCCUCACGCCGAGGUUUUUGCACUGAAAGAUGCUGGAGAUUUGGCAGAAAAUGCAACAGCAUAUGUUACCCUCGAACCCUGCAACCACUAUGGAAGGACCCCUCCUUGCACCGAAGCACUGAUUCGUGCAAAGGUAAAGAAAGUGAUUGUUGGAAUGGUGGAUCCAAAUCCAAUUGUAGCUUCGAAAGGAGUGGAAAGGCUCAGAGGUUCAGGGAUAGAUGUUAUUACUGGUGUGGAGGAAAUGCUAUGCCGGAAACUUAAUGAGGCUUAUAUUCAUCGAAUGGUUACAGGGAGGCCAUUUGUUACUUUGAGAUAUUCUCUUGCAUUCAACGGGAGAGUUUUAAAUCAGCUUGGACAAGGAGCAGAAGAAUCAGGUGGAUAUUUCUCAAAGUUACUGCAGGAAUAUGAUGCGGUUGUAAUUUCUAGCAAUUUAUUUGCCAAAAAAACCGUCAGGUUACCAACAUCACAUGAGACUGGAGCCUCUCAACCUCUCCAUAUUAUUAUCGCAAGGGGAGUAAAUUCAUUACACCUUCCUGCUCCGACCACAGAACCUGCAGAUAAGGUAGUGGUCUUGGCAGAGAAAACCAUGAUUGUGGAGCCAAAAUCAGAAGAUGUCGAAAUAGUUGUCCGGGAACAGAUGAGCUUAAAAUCAAUUCUAGAUUAUUGUGCCCAUCAGGGAUUAUGCAGUGUUUUACUAGAUAUCAGAGAAGAUAAUGAAGCCCUUAAAGAACUUCUUGAUGAUGGUCUUGAUGAGCACUUGGUGCAGAAGGUUGUGAUGGAAGUUUGCCCAAUUUGGUGCAGUGGUGAAGAGGCCUUUUUGGCAUUUGGUAGGAAAUCAUUUAGAUUGAGGGACUUACAAACAAGGACUGUAAAUGAGAAUGUUGUGGUAGAGGGAUAUUUAUUGUAGUUUCAGUGGGGUGCAUUCAGCAUAUUUUUUUGGCACUGUUAACUCCAUUGCCAUGUCAAAUGAUGUGGAGCUUUUGAGAUGUUAGGUUGUUUAAUAGGAUAUUGGGCAUCCUAUGCUAAUUUAUGCAUAUUGCCUUGGCCAA